AUGAACAGCGAAGCAAGUAUAACAAGUGACAUAAUAAAAUCUGAAGAUUCUAGUACCUCUGAGGGGUCAUUGAGGUUCAAUCUGGAAAAGCGUGCAUUCAAUUCCGGUGUACAAGCAAACAGAACUUUGCCUUCAGAAAAGAUGGAAUUAGGUGAAAUUGUUCGUACUCAAAUAGCGUCUCAGCUAGUACCUACUUCGGUUACUAUUACUACUCCGAAUAUGCCAUUACCAAUGGUUAGCGAACUGUCAAAUGUUAGUAGCGCGGGUUCAGUUUCUGAUCGUGAGCCAGAAACUCCUGAAAAGGGUAAUUACGCCAAGAUGGCGAGAUCAUUAGAGAAAAAGACAUCACGAAAAAGGAGAAGAAAUGAUGAUUACCAACCUAAAAAUGACCGAAAGAUUACUGAAUGUUUCAAGAACAUGGCAGUUGGCUCUAGCCCAAAGCGUCAAAUAAAUAUUACUCAGUGUGCAGUCAUAACAUCCAUUCCGUCAACAGCAAACACCUGGUCGAAUUACAACUCGGGCUUUUUUAAUUCUAGUGAUUCAAGCCAAAGCCAAAGUCCACCACAGUCAUUACCAUGCAAACCUCGAAUAGAUUCACAAGCACAAACAGAUGAAUUGGCUUUAAUAGAUGCAGUCGAGAUGCGUUCUGAGCUCUUGAAGAAGGAUACUGUGAUUGAGGAGAUGAGAAAAACAAUUGAGGAUUUAAAGCAGCAGAUUGUUAAAAAAGAUAGGUGUAUGGAAGCUUGUAAAGAAACUAUCAGGAAAUUACUGAUUGAGCAAAGCACAAUGGAAAGAAAACACGCAAAAUCAAAAUGCAUGGAGGAUUGUUUACGGAUUGGACAGUUUAAGCCAACGCGUCAUAGAGAAGAAUUUCGUGAGGUAUGGUCUGAUGGCUGGGCUUUUGAAGAAAUCAAUAAGGCGCAACAAAGGAUCGCAAAUGAAAGAAAUGAAAUUAUAAAUGCGUCACAAAAUUUGCGAAAAAGAAAACCGACAGGAAAUGUCCGAGAUUUGAGGAGAGCAUUGUCGUCUUCUUCUGAUGGACUGGUUCCUUCAACAUCUGCUGGACCGAGUUCUUUCACGGAUGAUUCUUUCGCGAAACCGGAAUUACCUAAAGAAUUGACUUUGCAGGAAUAUCUUGAACAAGAAGAAAUUUAUCGUUUACGUAAGGAACAUCUUAAAAAAGAAGAAGCCGAACUUAUUGGCGAACGGGAUCGUUUGGAAAGAGAGCGCAAUCUGCAUAUUCGAGAAUUAAAACGAUGUACGUAUGAAGAGUUAAGUCGGUACAAAGACCAUGAAUUGCUCAAUAAACGUUAUCUUCUACUUUCGCUUUUGGGUAAAGGUGGUUUCAGCGAAGUUUGGCGAGCCUUUGAUCUUGAUGAGAAUAAAUAUGUGGCUUGCAAAAUACAUCAUGUAAAUAAGGAAUGGAAAGAGGAUAAAAAGGCCAAUUAUGUAAAACAUGCUAUGCGGGAGAAGGAUAUCCACAAGACGCUGGAUCAUCCACGUAUUGUUCGAUUGUUUGAUUUGUUCACAAUCGAUAAUCAUUCAUUCUGUACCGUACUAGAAUACUGUGAUGGUAAUGAUCUCGACUUUUAUUUGAAGCAAAAUAAGCAGAUUCCUGAAAAGGAGGCACGCUCUAUUAUUAUGCAGGUAGUGUCAGCUCUUCGUUAUUUAGCAGAAAAGCGCCCACCUAUAAUCCAUUACGAUUUGAAACCGGCCAAUAUUCUAUUACAGUCAGGUACCACUAGUGGAGCAAUAAAAAUCACAGAUUUUGGUUUAAGUAAAAUAAUGGAAGAUGCAGAUGAUGGGGAUUCUAUUGAACUUACAUCUCAAGGAGCUGGAACAUAUUGGUAUCUUCCUCCUGAGACUUUUGUUGUUGGGCAUAAUCCUCCAAAGAUAAGUUCGAAAGUCGAUGUCUGGAGCGUUGGAGUCAUUUUUUAUCAAUGUCUAUAUGGACGACGACCUUUUGGCCACGAGCAGACGCAACAAAAAAUUUUGGAGGAAAAUACGAUCUUAAAAGCUACGGAAGUCACUUUUCCUCCAAAACCAGUAGUUAGCUCUGCUGCCCAGGAUUUUAUUCGUCGAUGCUUGCAAUACCGAAAAGAAGAACGAGCAGAUGUUUUUGAGCUUGCAAAACAUGAACUAUUUCGUCCACGUGGCCAAAAAUCAGCACAACCACCAUCUUCGCCUUCGUCGAGAUGUCCCAAAAAUGAUGAAACUGACUUUUAA